AUGGGGUAUUCCAAAAUUAUAGGAGCAGCAUUAUUGAUAUUGCUCUUUGUUGAUCUUGCUUUUGCUGCAAGAUUUUAUGGCGCAAGAGGAGGCGGUGGAGGUGGCGGAGGUGGAGGAGGAGGUGGUGGUGGUGGAGGGUCAGCCUUGGGUGCAGGUUCAGGUUAUGGUUCAGGGUAUGGCUCUGGGGAAGGCUCUGGAUAUGGUGAGGCUGAUGGAGUGUUUGGAAGUGGCGGAGGUGGUGGAGGUGGCGGAGGAGGCGGUGGUGGUGGUGGCGGUGGAGCAAACUCGGGAAGGGGUAGUGGCUCUGGAUAUGGCUCAGGGUAUGGAUCGGGUGGAGGAAUAGGAAGGGGUGGUGGAGGCGGAGGCGGAGGUGGCCAAGGCGGUGGCGGUGGUGGUGGCAGUAGCUCAGGAAAUGGUUCAGGAUAUGGUUCAGGUAGUGGUAGUGGUUCUGGUUAUGGAAGUGGUGGUGGAAGAGGAGGAGGCGGUGGUGGUGGAGGAGGAGGUGGCGGAGGAAGAGGUAGCAGCAGCGGCAAUGGUUCAGGCUAUGGUAGUGGCUCAGGGUAUGGAUCAGGGUCUGGAGGCGAUGAACCUUGA